AGAAUAAUAGGCGAACCCAGUGCCUCCCAACCUCCCUACCUCCUAUAACAUCUGGUUAAAUCCAGAUUCUGGGUCCUCGCUGCGCAGAUUUUGACUUAGCAGGCCAGAAGUGGAUACCUGGGGUCUGGGUUUCUAAACCAGAUUCUGGUCUCUAAUCAGGUGAUUCUGAUCCCCUAGCAGAUCUGGACAUUCUGAGUUGGGAAGCAACUUUCUGAUUCCGGAUCCCGGGGAGAGGCCCAGCUCUCGCGGGUCAAUGGAACCCAGAAGUCAGCAGCUUUGCUCCCACUGCUCCCGGGGGCAGCCACUGGCCGACCCCUCCCACCCGCCGCGGAUCCGCCCUGCGGCCGCCACCGCCGCCGCGGUUUCCUUGGUGACCCGGGCCACGCACUGCGUGCUGCUUCCUUAGGACUGUGUCAGGUUCCACCUGUCUGUUCCUGCGCCCACCGCCCUGCCGAGAAGAGGAUUCUGGUCCAGAACAGGCAGACUAAGAAAUGGAUCCCUUACUCCCUAUACUGACUGCACAAUCUCCUCCAUGGAAUGAGGCAGACAGUCCUUGGACCCAUGACCUAGAGCACUUACAAGCCAAGCGUGUGGCUUACUAUGAAAGCAUUGGGAUCAUCAAAGGUGAUGCUUCCAGAAAUAGCAGCCAACCAGUGUGGACAGCUUCCCAAGACACCAGAGUGAAUCCCUCAGAAAAUCAAGCCUUUGGGCUGAGAGGCCUACAGAUGUCAUUGGGUUGUUUGACAAUUGAAAAGAAACCUCUGCUCCAGGAAGUGUCCAAAGUGGUACCUGGAGAAGCAGAACAGGAUCAGGACCAGAGGGUCCGGGAGGGGCCCAGGAGAGAGAGACCCCCAACAGAGCUGGAUCUCAAGCUGCUGGCUGUUGCCUUGGUCCCCGAGACAGAGAAGCUACGACAUGUUAUAAAUUGGGCUCAGAAGUUCUUGCCCAAACCUCCAAAAGAGGAUGGGUUGAAGGGUCCCACAGCUUCUCUAGGAUUCCCUCGGUCUAACCCAUACCAAAGUUCAGAAGCUCUAAGAAAUAAAAAGAAUGCUCAUCUGAAGUCACCUGAUGGCCCACUCCUGCUCAGGGCAGACCAGUCCAGCGUACAAACAAACAUUCAGAUAUUCUCUUUAAGCCCCCCAAAUAACUGGUCAGAAAUGGACUUGUCUUCGGAAUUUCUAAGUUCCUUCUUGAGGGAGGAUUUUCCUGGCAGUGAGUCUUGUGAGGGCCAAGAAACUACAGUCAGGAACGAGGGGGACGGAAGAGCUGCCGAGUGCCCUCCUAACAGUCUUCAGUGGGAAGAUUCUGCUCAACAAAAGUAUUCCAGAUCACGAAAUAGUAUUCACAUUCCCAGUGAGGAUGAGGCAUUUCCUGAGAGGCUGGGGCCCCAGCCACCACUCAGCUGCACUUCUGAAGAAAGUAAGAUUUUAGAGGGAACCAGGCAGAGCUCACCCAGAAAUAGUUACUUCUGGACUCCGCUCACUGAUAGCUCAGAGGAGGAACAUUUGGAUGAAGCUGGAGAAAGUAAAAGAACACCUAGAAAGUGUGUUCUAGGCAGGAACUGUAGAGGGUUUUCAGGAAUUGCUUUGUCUCCCACAAGUGACAGCACACUAGUGUCAAGAACCAUGGUGCUAAGUGGUGUUCCCUCCCCUGGGGAGGUACCCCUGCAGGCUGAAGUCAGGAAGGAGUGCAGAGGACCAGAGGAGUCCCAUCUGAGGAGCCCCAAGGAUCUCACAGUAAAAUUCAAGGCUGGCAGCUCCAGAGGUGAAAACUCCAUCCAGAGACUGCCUGGGGGUCCAAGUAUAUCCCCCAGUCACAGCUCCAAUGGAAGGAGGAAGGAAUCAGAUAAUGUGAGGUUCGCUUUGGGGUCCCUCCAAACUGAUAUUAAACACAAAAAUGAAUGGGAACAUGCCAUCAUGGAGAGAGUAGAGGGGACUCUCACGGGGAGAGUGCCAAGAGGUGAGCCAAACAGAAGCAUGCAGAGCUCUACUAAAAGCAGCCUUCCUAUGGUCACUCGGAAACAAUUUGACCUCACACAUCCUGAGAGUUAUUUGGAUUUGUCAGAGGGCCCCUUGGACAAUGCUGCGUUUCAUGGAAGUUUGGGUGCCAACGUCUUCGGUGGGCCCGCUGCAAAUGCACAUGGUGCACAUGGCAGUGCUUGGUUUGACCAAUUGCCAUCUACUAAGAUGGACGGUGGAUCAGUACAGGCACCCCAAGUAGUCACCAGACAAGCAAGUCAUGAACAAAUGGAAAAGACGCUCCCUUCAACUCACCCCAUUUCCAGAGAUGUUUCCAAAACUGGUUUGAAAGGAUCCUUCCCACUCCAAGAUGGUGGUGAUACCCUCUCCUGGAGUGAUGAGCAACCACAUAAACCAGAGCAAGGGGCCAGUAUGCUGGAGAUGUAUUUUUAUUAUUUACACAUGUUGAACAAGAGCAAGGGUCUCUCUUCAGAAAAGAGGAACUCUUCUUUGCUUUUCUGGGGGGCCUGGAAUGUGCAGAUCAGAGUCCGUAGUCACAUCUCCAGAAGGGAAGGGUAGGUCCAAAGUGGACAGCCUGGACAGAAAGACCAAGCAGUGGAGAGAUGGUGGGGACAGCAUUGCAGCUAUGGAAAGUGAGAGGGGUACCCAUCCCCAAGGACAAGGCUGUGCCGAGCAAGCAGCUCCAGAAGAGACCAGCUUUUGGAAACCUCAAGGUGUCUAUGGGAGGUUAUGUUCUGCUACCCCAAAAAUGACAUCCAGAAUGACCAGCGAUGGGGGAUAUCAGAAAAUGCCUGAUGCUGCCGGUUCAUGCCAUAAACAUGGAGAUGUGAAGCCAAGAUCUAAAAGCAUUUGGAGACCAAGUUCAGCUGGAGCAGAGAAGGGUGUCUCCCCCAGGACUGAUCCCAGUGCUUAUACUGUUGGUAGGUGGCCAAGUUAUUAAUAUGCCAAGUGGUCAAAUCUGUCAGAUGGAAAUAAAGAGAGAGGUUGCAUGUGCUGAACCCAGUUAAAAUUUAAAAACUGAGGGAGCUGAUAAGCAGGGGGUGAAGAAAGGAAACCUGGAUCCAUGACUCUCAAACUGCUAGCAUGUUAGCAUCGCUUUCAGAGAGGCAUUCAUAAAA